AUGCCCGUUGACCUGUUAGACGGCCUGAAGCGGUCCCGAGCCGGGACUCGAGCAGCAGUCACUCGUACCAUCAAUCGACUACGUGAACCCCGAACAGAGGAGGUUUCGUUCGAGGAUGUUGAAGUCGACGUCGAGUACAUAGUGGCGAGGAAGGCUACGCUGCAAGACUUAGACAGUCAGAUCCUGGCGCUGACCGGCGAAGAUCAGUAUGACCAGGAAGUCCAAAGCAUCCUGGAAUACGAGCAGCAGCUCGAAGCGGCCAUCACGCGCGCGAGACGGGUCCUUCGAACGGCAGGACAGCUCACGUCGCCGGUUGCACAGUCCGCCGCGCUAGGCGAUUCCAGUCACAGAGAAUCAACCAGCCAUUCUGUUUCCUUGCCGAAGCUGCAGAUUCCAAAGUUCGGAGGGAAGUUGCAAGACUGGCGGGCUAGAUUCUGGGAACACUUCCAGGCAACGAUCCACAACAACGGUGCGCUAGCUCCAGUCGAGAAGUUUAAGUAUCUCCUGUGUUACGUUACCGAUGAGGCCAAGCGGGCCAUUGAUGGGAUCAGCCUUAGUGAUGCUUACCAGACAGCUGUUGACGCCCUGAAGCAGCGGUUCGGACGGACCGAUGUCCUUGCAGCCGAGCACAUCGAUAAGCUGUUGUCGCUGCGCGCAGUGCAAGGUUCUAGGGAGGCGACGCAGCUACGUCGCUUGUGCGACGAAGUCUCGCGCCAUACGAGGGCCUCGGAAUCACUGGCAAUUCCGCAUUUCGGCAGUGCUGGCGGCAGGUCACCGCAACCCGCGGACAAUAUGUCUCCAUUUCUGCAGACCGCUGUGGUUCAGGUUGCCGGCCCUGGCGGAUCCGCGUCCGUACGUAUUCUUCUCGACAACGGAAGUCAGAGAACAGUCAUCACCCAGGAACUCGCUCAGCGGCUUCGAUGCCCGGGAUUGGCAUCCGAAAACCUGUCGAUAUUUGCGUUUGGCUCCACGCAACCAUCCACGCGUCGCGCAUACCAGAAGGUGUCCCUGCGUAUCGAGGGCUUACAUCAGUAA